UAGAUUUAUGUAAAAACUCGGGAUAUUUAUCGAGUACAACACAUGGAGAGAGUAGGCCCAGGUAGUUUCCUGUCUGUAUAACCAACCUCGACGGAUGAUGGCAUCAGGGUAAACUGGAGGAAAUUUCCUGCAGCAUAUCUAACGGUCUUAUUCCGCAUCCUCACAAAGUCAAACAGUAGUAACGCCCUUACCAAACCACCCCCGGUUCAUCGUCUCCAAAACAGAAGAAGAAUAGUAGAAUAGAGCACAGAGACCCAACACCAGGCCUUAAUUUUUCUUUUCUGAAAAAAGCGUCAAUAACACAAAGGUUAUGAAGCUGUGAAGUAAAUUUAUUGUCAAUGUGUUGAUUCUGAAUCGUUUGUAGGUCUUAAAGUCAAAAUGAAGAGAUUUGUUUACAUAAAUGACGAUGAAUCACCAACGCAUGAAUUAUACUGUGAUAAUCGAAUUUCAAAUAGAAAAUACACCUUAUUGAAUUUCCUUCCCAAAAAUUUAUGGGAGCAAUUCAGCCGGUUUAUGAACCAGUAUUUCUUGUUGAUUGCUUGUCUUCAGCUAUGGUCACUUAUUACUCCGGUAAACCCUGCGAGUACGUGGGGUCCGUUAAUCUUUAUAUUUGCUGUCUCAGCUACUAAAGAAGCUUGGGAUGAUUAUAAUAGAUACCUUUCUGAUAAGAAGGCGAAUGAGAAAGAAGUUUGGGUUGUUAGGCAAGGCAUUAAAAAACAUAUCCAAGCACAGGACAUCUGUGUGGGCAAUAUAGUGUGGCUUCGUGAGAAUGAUGAAGUGCCAUGUGAUCUUGUUCUGAUUGGUACCUCAGAUCCUCAAGGAAUCUGUUAUGUGGAGACAGCUGCCUUAGACGGUGAAACUGAUCUGAAGACAAGGGUAACACCCUCUGCUUGCAUGGGAAUAGAUGCUGAAUUGUUGCACAAAAUCAAGGGUGUUAUUGAGUGUCCAACUCCAGAUAAGGACAUCAGAAGAUUUGAUGCGAAUCUGCGGUUGUUUCCUCCUUUUAUUGAUAAUGAUGUUUGCCCUUUGACUAUAAAAAACACAAUUCUUCAGUCUUGCUACUUGCGAAAUACGGAAUGGGCUUGUGGGGUAGCCAUCUACACAGGAAAUGAAACUAAGCUGGGUAUGAGUAGGGGUAUUCCUGAACCUAAGCUUACAGCUAUGGAUGCCAUGAUUGACAAGCUGACUGGAGCUAUAUUUGUUUUCCAAAUAGUGGUAGUUGUUGUUCUUGGCAUAGCUGGAAAUGUCUGGAAGGAUACAGAAGCAAGAAAGCAAUGGUAUGUUCUAUAUCCAAAUGAAGGUCCAUGGUAUGAGCUACUGGUAAUCCCUCUGAGGUUUGAACUACUAUGUUCCAUCAUGAUACCCAUAUCUAUUAAGGUGUCUUUAGAUCUUGUGAAGAGCUUAUAUGCUAAAUUUAUUGAUUGGGAUGCUGAGAUGAUUGAUCAUGAAACUGGUUGUUCAUCUCAUGCUACUAACACAGCAAUAAGUGAGGACCUGGGACAAGUGGAGUACAUUUUGACUGACAAAACCGGAACUCUUACAGAAAAUAAAAUGGUGUUUAGAAGAUGUUGUAUCAAUGGCAUUUUCUAUGGGAAUGAGAGUGGGAAUGCCUUGAAAGAUACUCGGCUGCACAAUGCUAUUGCUAGUGGAUCUCCUGAUAUUAUUCGGUUUCUUACAAUUAUGGCAAUAUGUAACACUGUGAUACCUGUGCAAAGCAAAACUGGAGCAAUUUUUUACAAAGCGCAGUCUCAGGAUGAGGAUGCUCUUGUUCAAGCUGCUGCUAAGUUACAUAUGGUUUUUGUCAGAAAGGAUGGAAAUAUUCUUGAGAUCAGAUACAAUUCUUCUAUAAUACAUUAUGAAGUGCUGGAGAUUCUGGAGUUCACCUCAGACAGGAAAAGGAUGUCAGUAGUGGUGAGGGAUUGCCAGAGUGGAAAGAUUCUUCUUUUGUCAAAAGGAGCGGAUGAAGCUAUUCUUCCUUGUGCUGCUGCAGGACAACAAACAAGGAUAUUUAAUGAAGCUGUAGAACAAUAUGCCCAAUUGGGGCUGCGGACAUUAUGCUUGGCUUGGCGGGAACUAAAUGAAGAUGAAUAUCAAGAGUGGUCUUUGAUGUUCAAAGAAGCCAGUAGCACAUUAGUUGAUAGGGAGUGGAGAAUAGCUGAGGUCUGCCAGAGAUUAGAACAUGAUCUUGAAGUUCUUGGAGUUACUGCAAUAGAGGAUCGCCUACAGGAUGGUGUACCUGAAACAAUUGAGACACUUAGAAAAGCAGGAAUUAAUUUUUGGAUGCUAACUGGAGACAAGCAGAAUACUGCUGUACAAAUUGCUCUUUCAUGCAAUUUUAUUUCACCGGAGCCAAAAGGUCAGCUUCUCUUAAUUGAUGGUAAAACUGAGGAUGAGGUUUCUAGAAAUUUAGAGAGAGUUUUACUUACAAUGAGGAUAACAACUUCAGAACCAAAGGAUGUUGCAUUUGUUGUUGAUGGCUGGGCCCUUGAAAUCUUACUGAAGCAUUAUCGGAAAGCUUUUACUGAAUUGGCAAUAUUGUCAAGGACUGCCAUAUGUUGCCGCGUGACACCAUCACAAAAAGCACAGCUUGUGGAGCUUCUGAAAUUAUGUGACUAUAGAACAUUGGCUAUUGGAGAUGGUGGGAAUGAUGUAAGAAUGAUACAACAAGCUGAUAUUGGAGUUGGCAUUAGUGGGAGAGAAGGACUACAGGCAGCAAGGGCAGCUGAUUAUAGUAUUGGAAAGUUCAGGUUUCUGAAAAGACUUAUACUGGUACACGGGCGCUAUUCAUAUAACCGAACAGCAUUUCUAUCUCAAUAUUCUUUCUAUAAAUCCCUAUUGAUAUGUUUCAUUCAGAUCUUUUUUUCUUUUAUUUCAGGUGUUUCUGGAACCAGUCUUUUCAAUUCUGUUAGUCUGAUGGCAUAUAACGUGUUCUAUACUAGUAUACCUGUUCUAGUUAGUGUACUUGACAAAGAUCUUAGUGAAGGAACAGUAAUGCAACAUCCUCAAAUUCUUUUCUAUUGCCAAGCUGGAAGGCUUCUUAAUCCAAGCACAUUUGCUGGAUGGUUUGGUCGAUCUCUGUUCCAUGCAAUUGUUGUAUUUGUAAUCAGUAUACAUGCAUUUGCUUAUGAAAAAAGUGAAAUGGAGGAGGUUGCAAUGGUAGCACUCUCUGGAUGCAUAUGGUUGCAAGCUUUUGUUGUAGCACUAGAAACCAACUCCUUUACAAUAUUACAACAUCUUGCCAUAUGGGGGAAUUUGAUUGCAUUUUAUGUCAUCAACUGGAUUGUUAGCGCCAUUCCAUCGGCAGGGAUGUAUACAAUAAUGUUCCGCUUGUGCAGACAGCCAUCAUACUGGAUAACUGUAUUUCUCAUAGUUGCCGCAGGAAUGGGACCAAUACUAGCUCUAAAGUACUUCCGCUAUACAUAUAGACCCAGUAAAAUCAACACUCUCCAGCAGGCUGAACGUUUGGGUGGGCCAAUAUUGUCUCUGGGAAAUAUCGAAUCACAACCAAGAUCAAUUGAGAAAGAAGUUUCUCCAUUAUCUAUUACCCAACCCAAGAGCAGAAGUUCAGUUUAUGAACCUCUGCUAUCAGAUUCUCCAAACACUAGAAGAUCUUUUGGAUCAGGAGCUCCAUUUGACUUCUUUCAGUCCCAGUCCAGAUUGUCUUCUUCGACCUACUCCAGAAAUUGUAAGGACAACUGAAUUCUUCUACUUUGAUUCAUUGGCAUAAAAAUUAAUGUAUAGGCGGCAGAAUUGAUCAUCAAGUCUGUUAGGGCAUACCAGCAUUUUGUCUAUCAUUUUUCCUAGAAAUGUAAAUGAUAGCGGCACCCCAUGAUUCAUGAUUUA